AAGUGCUAAUGUCGCGUAUUUGCGAACGAGCCUUAAUUAUUUGGUUUUGCUGUUUUGCGCAACAAUUUGAUUCGGAGUUAAUUUCAAAGGCAGUUAGCUGCAAAGUGGAUAUGGAGUAGACGUUUUUGCAGUGGUCGUGAACCACUUUUUUUUAGUUUUUAUAUAUAUGUUUUAAAUAAAUUUUGCAGUUCUACUGUUAAAAUUAAAGAUCGUUUUGGCCUCGAUAACAUUUAUAAAAUUAAUAACUAUGAGCUACACAAAGAUGAUUAAUUUAAGGAAAAUUCUACUGUUACUAUGCAUUACAUCUGGUUUAACCUCGUCUGCCAACAACGAAACACAAACAGAUGGUGAUGGGUCAAAUAAACUUUCCUCGAAUUCAAAUAAUUCGAAUACUUUGACUACCUUCAUACCAAAAAAUGUUGAACCGGUCAUACCAUUAACAACAAACUUUCCAUCCAUUAGCACCAAGGAUUAUAAAGAAAAAAAUAAUAGUUUCGUACAAACAGAAGGUGGUCCAAUCUCAAAUUUACCGUCCGUGAAAUCAUCGAUAUUCAAUCAGAAAGUAAUUGCCAAAAAUAAUUCUUUAUCAAUGACGGUUGAUAAUGUAUCUGUAAACAAUGAGAAUGUUAGUCAAGCCAUGACAACUGAAAAAGAUCUGCCAGUUUUGGAUAGGAAAAGAGGAUAUUUAACUUCUGAUCAAACAACUGUUAGCAAUGUUAAAAUAGAACAUGAUGAUAAUAAUAAUAAUAAUAAUAAUAAUAAUAAUAAUAAUAAUAAUUCUACAAUUGAAGAUAUCUCUACAAAAGUAGUCAACAAUGUUACACAAUUGAAUAAUAUGAGUACUACUGUACUACGUGUACCAGAUAUAUCAGAAAAAAAACUAAAUGAUACAGUUACUUCUAUAAUGCCACCUGCGAACAAACAUAAGCCAAACCCAAAACCAACUGUGACAAUGGGUGGAGGUUCAGCAGAUCCAAAUAAGCCUAUACCUCCAUCACCAACUAAAGGUUCUCCAUUAGGAAUGCCAAGAAAAAUUGACUAUAUCAUACCUAUUGCUAUUACCAUUGUUGCACUUCCAAUAUUGGGUAUAGCUAGUUUCUUUCUUUAUAACCGAGGUAAAGACUGUUGGGAUAAGAGGCACUACCGAAGGAUGGACUUUCUUAUCGAUGGAAUGUAUAAUGAUUAGGUAACGAAGGAAUAUAUCUGAGAAUGAUCCUUGCAAUAAGAUUUUGUAAUAUACAUAGUAGACAGUUAAACUGCUUUAUCGUUAUAUUUUGUUAUAUUUUGUUCUCUAAACAUGAUCAAAGAAAAUUUUCAUAUAAUUUGAUUAGAUUUAUUCUAUAUUGACAAUAUCAUAUAUAUAUAUAUGUAUGAUAUUGGUUGACAACAUUUAUUUGAGAUUUUGUUUAUUAUAACAGUUAUGUAGAAUUCGAUUGUGUCAAAAAAAGUAAUGCCGUAAAAGAAAAUUAACUAAGAGAAGGAAAGGGAAUAUCAAUAAUAAGAAAAGAAAAUUUCAAUUGUAUAUAUAAAAAAAAUAAUUAAAUUAAUAAUGAAUCAAAUCUCAGAACGGUUAUUACAGUAUAACUGUUGAAUGUCUAAUAUGUUAAUCUUCUAUUAAAAGAAAGGCUUUAUAAAAAUUAGCCAAAUUUACCUGCUAUAUACCCAGGAAUAUAAAUGAACAAUAAUGAUAUUAUGAAGAUAAAAAUAUAAAACUAUUUUUAGUAGAAUAAAAUGCAAAGAUAUAUUGCAUUCUCAUACAUCAAAGUAGACAAUAACGGCAUUAUCCAACAAGACCUUGCCCUUCAACUUAUAAAUAUAAUUACGACAGAUUGUUGUAAAAUAAGAUAAAAUAUACUCAAUGUUGUUUUUUAAAUUGAAGUAUGGUGCAUAGAUUUGACCAAAGAAGUAUGUAAUUGAUAAUAUUAAUGUAGUAUCAUUGUUGCAUUUACUUGUAUUAAUUUGAUUUUUACAUAUUUUUUACAAACUAUUCUUUUUGUUAGAAAUAACACGAAAAAGGCUCAUGUUGUGUACAUACAUUGAACUAUUGCCAUAAGUAAAUGUGUUCUAUUGACAAUGUUCGAUAAUUGUCUUAUAUUGUUGCAAAACCUAUCAAUGAUUUAUGGGUUGUGUCCAUUGUAAAGUUUUCAAAAUUGUUAUUUAUGAAGGUUAUAUUUUGUCUAAGUAUGAAAAAAGCAAUAAUAAUUAUUUUUAUACAUGUGUAUAUGUAAAAAAUUUAUCAAUAUUGUUAUAAAAUAUAGAUACUUACAAG